GUUUGACUUGCAGGGGGUCUUGCGCACGCGCAGUCAAUAAAAUCAGCAUGUUGCAUUGUUGACAGGAAGAGGAAAUUCCAAAGUAUUGAAAGGUCCUUGGCAGACAAAAGUGUUUUACAAUGGGUGUGGCAAGGCCUAUUUUUACAGAUAGAAUGUAAAAAGGAAAAAGGAACCAUUGACCACUUCAAAACCACCAUCAUCUGUUAAAUCACUGCUGAAAUAAGCUUCUAAUGACCAUUGUUGAUUGGGACACCAUUCAGCUACAACACCAUGUAACUCUGAUAUCCACCUUAAAUGGUCUUUGAGAGAAGUUUUGAAAGAUCAAAAGACCACUUCUUUAGAGCUUUAAGCCAUAGGAUAACUACUGACUUGUCAUGAUGAGUAGGCCUAAAAAAUGUAGGAAUUUUGGCAUUGGGGGUAUCGACUUUGUGGAAAUCUCUAAGAGAGAUCCAUGGAGAAGAAGUAGUCACACAUUUGCUCAUGAAGUACAGCAGUCUGGGUUGACAAUAGAGAUAAUAAGACCUGCAAUUGAAAAAUCGGGCCCAAGAUAUUGAAGUUGAUCGAGGGAUUUUUCUUUUAUUGUUAGCGAUAAAGUUUGUGACAUGCAGUAUCAAAAUUUAUAGAUCAGACAGUCACAUUUUGUGUAGAAUUUUCAAAAUUCAUUGUGACUUCAAGAAAAACUGAAAUUUUAUUUGUUUACCAUAAUGCAGUCAUCUUAUUGAUAAUAUGACAGUUUUCAUUGGUGAAAUAUUUGUAGCAAAUUUUGAAGUUUUGUUAGUGUUCAAACAAUAUCUAUCAGAUUAUGACAUAACACUAACAACAGAAAUAUCUGUAAAAAAAUUAAUUUGCGCCUUCCAUAAAUGGAAUAUUUUUACGUUAAGUUAGUAGUUGUUAAGAAGAAAGGUGCCUCAUCAGGCAAAGAUAACAAACUGUGAAUCAGAAUAGAUCCAUUGUCACUUCAUGGUAACAGACAUCAUACUUGUUACCUAAUUUGAUUUGCACAACUUUGUUUGAAUGGCAGUAGAAAUUUGAUAUCAUUUUCAAAUAUUUUACAUCUUCAGAUAAAAAAAUAAAGUAAAAGCAAAUGCUUAUAGAUGUAAAAAUACUCAGUGAUUAAGUUACUGUUGUGUAGAUAUUUAAGGGGGGAAAAAUUUAGUCCCAGUAUUCAUAUAAAGUGAAUGUGUACUACUUGGAGUUGAUAAUUUACAGCCCAAACAUCUAAUCUACCUUUUCCAUGGGGCAUUUCUUGCCAUGUUAUCAGAGUUUUUUCACCUGAUUAAUUCAUUUUUGCCAUUAAUUUGUUUGCCCUCUACAAAAGCUAAGUGUAACAUUCCAUUUCAGUGCUGCUUAACAUAAAUGGCAUUGCAAAAUUUUGAGACAUUAAUGAAGCUUUUUGGACCCCCUGCUGUAAAGUUACAAGAAGACAACAUUUAUUAUUGCAUGUCAUUAUGUUUAAAGGGUGCAAUUUUUACUGCUUCAGAUUUUCAUAGUGAAAUAUAGAAAGGAGAUUUAACAUAGAAUUUUCAUAUUUAUGAUCAUUGUGUAUUAACUAGGUUUUGAUGAGCCUGGCCUACCACAUGUAUCUAUGAGAAUUACAGAUAAGCAUAAACACCUGGUGAGCCAUGCUUGGUUAUUCUACAUCUUGACAAGAGACUGAUGCAGACCUGAGCUACUAUCAUGAAAUCAGAGGUGCUGUUGAAUUCAGCUUCUAGGAAGCAAAACAAGAAGAGACACAUUUUUGUGCAUGAGGAGAAUGGAAGUCCAAGCUGUGACAAAUCUAGGAGUCCAUCUAAUUCUUGUAAUGUUUUGGAUAUGACCAAAUGUAUCAAGUUAUCUGGAAAUCUCCUCCCAGAAUCAAAAUCCAACAACGGUCAGAUUACUAAUGGGGUUGGACUCGUUUUAGAAGGAGCCCCAGAGAAUCGACCAGCUGCGUUGUCAUGUGAUCCACCUCUGUCCUUUGGAAUGCUGACAAACUUCCACACCGACCACUUGUUUAUGAACAAGCAUAAUUCUGCUUAUGAUGUGAAUCUGCAUACAUCUUCACCAGAUUCAGGCUACAAUGAUAUUGUCCACAAUCUGUCUGUAACGUCUUCAAAUUUUAGAAUUACGAAUAGUGUGCAUCAUCCAGACUUGCAGAUGAGCACAGUUGAUGCUCAGGGAAUUCCCGUUCCCUUGGUGACCUCUUCUGCUAUGAUUACAACACCUCCACUGUCAGAUGAGAUACAAAAUACAUGCCAAUCUAGUGGUGGUUCCCCAACCAGUGGUUUUCCUUACUUGAGAUUGUACUCCAGUGACAAGGAAGACUCGCCUCCCAGGGUUCAGUUUCACCAAUGUCGCUGGAUGCAUUGUGACAACAAAUUCCUCAACAUGGACGACCUUGUCAACCAUGUCAACGACCAGCAUGUCAAAGUUGAGAGACCUGAUGUUGAUUACCAGUGUAAAUGGGAAGGCUGUCCAAGAAGAGGGAAAGGAUUCAAUGCUAGAUACAAAAUGCUUAUCCAUAUAAGGACCCAUACAAAUGAAAAGCCCCAUAGCUGUGCUUUGUGUGGAAAAUGUUUUUCCCGCCUAGAGAAUCUCAAGAUUCACAACAGAUCUCAUACUGGAGAGAAACCUUACAUAUGUCCUUUUGAAGGCUGCAACAAAGCCUACUCAAACUCAAGUGACAGAUUCAAACAUGUAAGAACCCAUCAAGAGGAGAAGCCCUACAUCUGCAAAAUGCCAGGCUGCAACAAACGAUAUACAGAUCCAAGCUCUCUACGCAAACAUGUCCGUACACAUGGACAUUAUUUCAAUGGUGAAAAUGAAAGUAAGACUCCUAAAUCAAAGUCAUCUGAUCAAAGGGGGUCAUCACCCCAAAAUAAGUCACCACCCAUUCCCUCCAGUCCUUCACCGUCAUGUGGCAAUCAGAAGUUGUUCAGCAUUCCCACAAGCUGCAUGUUGCCUCAAAGUGUGCCAGCUCAUUACAUGUCUCCUCAUGGUAUUUUUCCAUCCAAUCCUAUGUUAUCGUCUGCCGUCCUAACAGGUGGUCUACAAACAAUCUCAGUUCCACCAGCAGACAGCUUUGUGACUGUAUCUCCAAGUUCACCCAUCAAACUGGAAAUGGAAAGUGAAAAACUGUCUGUGGAGAAUAAAUGCCAGGAGGGACCUUUAGAUCUGACUACCAGCAGUCCCCCAACAGGGUCCGAUGUGGAUGUUGGGGACAGGGAAGGUCCUCACUUUUCACAGAAUGGAAACUCAUCCAUUCAUAGUGCCUUGUUUGGGGAUGAUUGAUUCAAUAAGGUUGUGCAUUUUGUUGUCUUGUAGUAUGUGAAAAAGAACUUAUUGGGAACUUCUGCCUCGCACUUCAAUGUAUCUGUAUUGUUACUUGUAGAUUAUAUUUUUAAGGACUUAAUGUUGUUAAGUUUUGGUUGUUGUUUUUUUUUUUUUUUUUGACAUGAAGGCAGAGGUUUCCCAAGAAUUUGUUUAUUUCCUCCGUCCAAUUAAAAAAACAUUUUUUUUUAAAUGAAUUCUGUGAUCUUGUGUGAUUUUGUUUAAAAAGUGUAUUUUAGUAACAUGUAUUGGAAUACAACUGUGGCAUUCUUGUCACAAGCAAUGAAGAAAGUUUCUACCUAACAGUAUUAUUGCAAUAAUCAUGUUUUAUUGUUAAUCAUAGAAGCUAGCCCGGCCAUUUGGAAAUGUGCAUUCAUUCCACAGCAACAAUAUUCAGAGAAUAAUUUCAUCUGAUUUUAGUUGGGUUGAACAGCCUUUUGUAUCAUAUUUUAUGUGUUGUGUGGCCUUGUGUAUGGUAUUCAUUUUAUUGCUUAAUUCUACACAUGCUGUUUUUAAAAGUAACUUUGUGGAACAAAAUUUUCUUGAAAAUAUUGCAUUCACAAAUCCUUUGGAAAUAUUACAACUAUAGUGUUGAAAAGUCGUCAGCAGUAAGUCAGCUAGACAGUAUUUAGCUUUCGGUUCACCAACUGGUAUUGUAAGCAAUUGUUAAAGUAUGCUUCGCUGUGUUCUCAACUUUUGGAUUUUAAGACAAAAACUGUUUUUAGAUUGAUAAGCAGCCUUUUUUUUAAUUAGUACAUGCAGAUGGCAAAUAGGUGACCCGUCUUAUGCGUUGGAUUGAUCCUCAUUUAACAAAAAGAUUUAUUCGUAAUAAUAUUUAUUAUAAAUGUUUGUUCGGAACAAUAAAAGUGAUAUAUUAGUGCUAAAAAUCUUUUUACAUUUAUGUAGAAGAAUGAUAUUGAACAAAAACUCAUUUUCUACUUCAUCUCUUCACUGUUUUAUCAGAAAACAGAGACUGAAAGGGCAUAUUUUGUUUCUGUUUUAAUAUUUCCUUUUGAUAUACUUUGCCAAAAAUUUCUGUUUAGAGCAAUUAAAAUACCUUUCUGUACAAUGUUAUGAACAAAAGUUGUAUAACAACUAGACAUUUAGAAAUAUCUGUGAUACAUGUUCAUUUAAUACUACAGGGAUCAUUUUGAAUUGUUUAAAGCACUAUAUUGAAUAACUUUGGUGUAACAAAGCUAAGCUGACUGUGCCAAACAAUAUGCUUCAAAGUUUGCAUUCCAUACACAUUUGAAUUUAGCAAGAAAGAUGUGAGCAUAUUUUUUUAAUUUCUUGCCCAUUUCCAAAUGACAAGAAUAUGACUUUCUUCUCAGCUGUAUAGGUGCUACAUGAUCAAGCAUUUAGUGACAAAUUAGCUCAUAUACUUGUUGUGAUAUAUUGUUUUGGAUUAAAUGAAUUAUAUCUGUUAUAACAA